AGUGCUACAGUGUACUCGGAUCGGGAGAAAGAGAAGCUUGCUAAGGAGAUUGCCAAGGAGUGGAGUGCCGUAUUUGAACAGAGUAUAAAUACACUGUUUCUGACUGAGAUGGUGCAUGGUUUGAUGCUGACAUUAAAGUACUUCUUUGAGAGGAAAGUUACAAUAAAUUACCCUUUUGAGAAGGGUCCUUUGAGCCCCUGCUUUCGAGGAGAGCAUGCUCUCCGUCGUUAUCCUACCGGUGAGGAGCGGUGUAUUGCUUGCAAGCUUUGUGAAGCAAUAUGCCCAGCGCAAGCAAUCACAAUAGAGGCGGAAGAAGGAGAGGAUGGCAGUCGUCGGACUACAAGGUAUGAUAUUGAUAUGGCAAAGUGCAUUUACUGCGGGUUCUGCCAGGAGUCAUGUCCUGUAGAUGCCAUUGUUGAAGGUCCUAACUUUGAGUUUGCCACUGAGACUCAUGAGGAGUUGUUGUAUGAUAAGGAGAAACUGCUAGAAAAUGGAGAUCGCCUUGAAAAUUCUGCAACGACGUCUGUAGCUUGAAAAUAAUGAUCUCCAUGUCUGCUUUCUUUAAUCGUUUCUUCAUUAAGAUGUAUGUCUGAGAUAACAUCGCCGAAUGCAUGGGGACUUGGAAAUGUUUACACAUCCUUUCUAACAUGCCCUUGUCUCGAAAGAAUGUAUCGAGACAUGCAAUGCU